CGGGUUCUUAGUAUCGGGCUUUUAAACUAUGGUAGUAUUCCGUCGCCAUUUUGACUAGGUCGGUUCCGAGUUCUGAUGGUUUGUUAGGAUUUUUUGGUUAUAUCGGUGGGAUUUGUUUAUUUUUUUAAAACUUUUUGGUUUCGUAUUGCUUCGGGGAGUGUUAAAAUGACACAACAAACUAAUACAACGAACUGGGUGAUACAAGGAUCCAAUGGGCAGCCCCAAAUGAUAAAGUUGAUGCAAUCUUCCGGAAAAACUUUUAGUGGCAUAAUGACUUCUGCGAUGACCGGGCAGCCGGUAAAAAUUAUUAAAUCGUCACCAAGUUCAAUAUCUGAUGAAACACAGCAGAUAUAUGCCACGGCUACUCCAAUUUCAACGACGCAAGUGUUGAGGAGUAUAGGAACCCCUCCAAAAGUAGUUGCAAAGACCAUUCCAAUACACGUUAACAAAAUGCAGCCCGUUUUGAAAACAAUCAAGCUCACGCCCACCCAAAUGCAAGGGAUCAAACUUGCGCCGGGUACGCCCACAAAACUACAAAUAUCGCCCCAACAAAUUCCUACUUCGACCACGGUACCUGUUUACACAACGCAAUCCUCUCCGAUUGUGAAAAAUAUAUCGCCACCGAUUUUGACCAGGAAACGGCAGGAUCACGUCGAAAUGGAGUACGCCCCUGAAUCAAAACGCGGUAGGAAAUCCGAAAAAGUAGGAAAAGGCCUUCGACAUUUCUCUAUGAAAGUGUGCGAAAAGGUGAAACAGAAAGGAACGACCACGUACAAUGAAGUUGCCGACGAAUUAGUGACAGAAUUCACGAAUUCGACCAAUAACGCUUUACCGGACCAGUACGAUCAAAAAAAUAUCAGGAGAAGGGUGUACGAUGCUCUGAACGUGUUGAUGGCCAUGAAUAUCAUUUCGAAAGAAAAAAAAGAGAUUCGGUGGAUAGGUCUUCCAACGAAUUCGCUUCAAGAGUGCCAUCAGCUUGAGAAAGAGAUGCAGAACAAGUUAAGGACAAUAAUAGAAAAGGAGAGGCAACUAGACGAGUUGAUUCUCAAUCAGAUCGCUUUCAAGAAUUUGGCGCAGCGGAAUAGGGAAAACGAAAGAUUGUACGGGAUGCCCUCGCCCAAUUCUUACAUUCAGCUGCCUUUUAUUGUCGUCAAUACUAAUAAGAAGACUGUUAUUAAUUGUAGUAUUUCUAAUGAUAAGAUGGAAUAUUUGUUUCAAUUUAAUGAUAAAUUUGAGAUAAACGACGACGUGGAAAUCUUAAAGUCAAUUGGGAUGCUGUCAGGUUUGGAUACCGGAACUUGCACCCCUGAAAACUUAGAAAAGAUCAAAAAUCUUAUACCGGAGUCUUUGUGGCCAUAUUUAGAAAAAAUAGCCAACGGUCGUCCGCAUUCCCUGGACAACAUCCUGGAAGAAGCCAGAGCGGGCACCAGCUCCAUUUCGAUGAUCAACGCCGAAGAAUUUGUAGAAACACAUCUCGACGAAGACAAUUCGCGCCAGUCGUCCAGUUUCGAUCCGUUGUCGCCCAGUCCUCAGGAAUUUUCGGAAGAAGAACCCGAAUCGGACCUUUCCAGCGACAACGACGUCCAUUAGUAUUUAGUGUUUUUUCUUUUGAGUUUAUUUAGUUGUGGACAUUCUUUUUGGUUAUUUUCUUUUUGCUGAGAGUUUGUCGGCGACGGGGAUAAGUCGCUCUCUCAUAUUGGGUACCUCGGAAGAUUUAUGACUUUUUUUGUUUUUAAGGCCUUUUUACAUACCGUUUCUGUUUGCUAUAUACGGGAUUAAUGGAUACAACAAUUUUAAUAUGAAAAUGUUUUAAAAGAAGCGGUGUAAGUACGUACUAUUUUUUAAAUUCUAAAAUUUAUUUUUAAAAUAUGUUUCUAAGUAUUUGACAGUACUAUUUUUAUGGAAAUUAUAGGUUGUGGUACAUUUGAACUACUAAAGCAAAUAAUAGG